UGAUAGCGCACCUGACCAGACAGACCGGUUCGAGCCAGGAAAAACGCGUUAAGACAAAAAGAGGGUGGGUGAUGGGAAGGAGGGGGGAUGACAUGAUGCCACCUGUAAAGACGUGCGCAAACAGACAGCUGAUAAGAAAAUGCUCCAGUAAAAAUCUCUAUAGCUUCACUAAUUUAUUUUAGACUGUAAAUCAAAGACGGAAAAAUAUGUGUUGUCCAUAGGCUACUUGAAAUAACUUUGAAGCUCUUUUAUUCACAUUUUGCAAUUAGAAGUAGGCCUAGGUUUCAUGCAUUAUUGGCAAAUUUUAUUGCUUUAUGCAACACUGUACAUUGAAUUGAUCAAAACAUAUAGUCUUGAAAUUGGAAUAUCCAAUCUAUGUUUGCGUUGUUAUGUUAUGUUCCUGUUCAAUAGGCCUAUAGUAGAAACCAGUGGUAUACUAGUGAUUGUCUCAUUAGCUAGAGCUAGUAGCUAGUAGUCUACACAUGUGUUAGACUAAUUCUUGUAUUAAGCUUUUUAAUCUGUGUACCUAUAUGUAAUUUUGCUGGAUUUAUCUUUAAAGAAAGUACCAAAUGCCCAAGGCCUAAAUAAAACCUACCGUGCUCAAACUAAACUUUGCAUUUUCCUUUACUAUCGUUGUUGUUCUUUGUCACUUUACCCGAUAACGUCCCAUUGCCAUCUAGGCUAUGCAAAUAACAGUGGAAAUUUCCCUGCAAUCGUUCCCGACAACCAAAGUAUAAACUCCAGCUCCUCCUCCAGUUCAAUACUGACCCCAGAUCAGCCGUACGCCCCUCUGCGCGCGUAGACUUUUACUUACUACACUCGUGAACGAAGCGAACUCUACUGACUCCAGAUCAGGACUUUGUAGCCGGACUCCCUCAGUUAUUACUCGGCCCCUUGAGCUAAAACCAAGCCAACCUGUUGAAUGUAACAGUGUAGAAGGGUGUUGGCGCCUUACGCACGCAGUUACAUCCUGUGAGGGAGAGAGAUUUUGACGCUGCUGGCUGAGGUUUACUUACGGGGGUUUUCAAGGCUUAAGACUGAAAAUGUUGAGAAUUAUCACAUUGGUGUUGAUGACAAUUUUGUCACUUGUCUAUGCAGAAGAAGAAAAGGCCCACCCUGAAGAUGACCCAUUCACAUUUGACUAUCACGAGUUGCGUGUUGGGGGCCUGAUCCUUGCUGCUGUCCUUUGUCUCAUUGGCAUUACUAUUCUGCUCAGUGGUCACUGCAGGUGCAAGUUCAAUCAGAACAAGAGAAGGAGGACAGGAAGCAAUGCACAGCAGAUGCUCAAUGAUCAAGGUCGUGCUUGUGACUGCUAAAUGUGCACCACUCCUGGCUUCACAGACCUGCAAUCAAGGCAGAAGUAACUAAUGCAUUUUUUUAAAACUUUGGUUGGAAGCAAUAGGAGGUAAACAAGGAAGUAUAGUGCAGAGCCCGUGUAGAGACCUGCGCUUUUUUUUUUUUUUUUUUGGAGCAACAGUCAAGCAAUAUGAGGGUUUCUGUGGGUUUAUCGGCAUAAAUUAUAAUAGCCUUUUAAUGUUCCAAUGCCAAUUUUAAUAAUAUAAGAAUUACUGUUUUAGACAGUUCUUCACAGCUACUAUAAAUAAUAACAUAUACAGGAACAAAAUCCAACUGUUGUACUUAGGUGUAUUAAAAUACACAUUUUUAAUACCCUACAGGAACCCUUAAUAUAAGCUUACUUUGGUUUUACCUUUAUUAAAUUUCAAGGUCUGCAAACAUCUUAUUCAAAACUGUCUAUCAAAAAUAUCUUUUACUGUAACAGAGUGAAUGCUUUUUUGUUUAUGUUUUGUUUUGGUUGAUCUCUGUUGAUUGAAAGUUCAACUAUACCAAAAAGUAGCCAGAAUAGUCUCUAAGAAUUGUAAACUAAAUGUAGAUGUUUUAGAUGACUCUGAACGUCUAAUCACUUUCCUGUGUGAAACUACAGUCCGUGAAAUACUGUUGAUAAUCAAGACUAAUGUGUUUGAUAUGUUCGGAUAGGUGUAAAGGAUUGCACUGUUCAUGUUUAUAUAAAAUUAUGUUGAAACAAA